CCGCCGUCGCUGCAGUGCGCAGGAGACCGCGGCCCGCGCCCUAGCGCGCCCGAGCCAGAGCCGGGCCGGGGUCCGCGCACCUGGCGGAUGUGGCCGGCUGCGCGCGCCAACGCAGCAGCCCGAGCAGCGGCCGCCGCCCGCGCGGCGGGGAUGCCCGGACGCCGGGCCCCGGGGCUGGGCCCCCGGCGGUAACCGGAGCGGGGGGGGCCGCGCCCCCCCUCCCCCCUCGCCGGUCCCAGAGCCGCAGCUGCUGCGCCCGCGCGCUCCCGGGGACAUUCUAACCGCCGCCGGGUCCCGCCGCCUCUCGCCCCGCUAUUAAUACCGGCGGCCCGGGAGGGGGGCGCAGCGUGCGCAGCGCAGCCAUGGGGACGCUGCUGGCCUUCGUGGUCGGCGCCGCACUGGUGUCCUCAGCCUGGGGGGGCUGCGUGGAGGUGGACUCGGAGACCGAGGCCGUGUACGGGAUGACCUUCAAAAUCCUGUGCAUCUCCUGCAAGCGCCGCAGUGAGACCACCGCCGAGACCUUCACCGAGUGGACUUUCCGCCAGAAGGGCACAGAGGAGUUUGUCAAGAUCCUGCGCUAUGAGAACGAGGUGCUGCAACUCGAAGAGGAUGAACGCUUUGAGGGCCGCGUGGUGUGGAACGGCAGCCGGGGCACCAAGGACUUGCAGGACCUGUCCAUCUUCAUCACCAACGUCACCUACAACCACUCGGGCGACUACGAGUGCCACGUGUACCGCCUGCUCUUCUUCGACAACUACGAGCACAACACCAGCGUCGUCAAAAAGAUCCACCUUGAGGUGGUGGACAAAGCCAACAGAGACAUGGCGUCCAUCGUGUCCGAGAUCAUGAUGUACGUGCUCAUCGUGGUGUUGACCAUCUGGCUCGUGGCAGAGAUGGUUUACUGCUACAAGAAGAUCGCCGCUGCCACGGAGGCUGCCGCACAAGAGAAUGCCUCGGAAUACUUGGCCAUCACCUCAGAAAGCAAAGAGAACUGUACGGGUGUCCAGGUGGCCAAAUAGCCCCGGCCCUGGGCUCCGCCUCAAGGAAGAGCCAGCCCUAACGGGGGAACAUCCAGGCGAGGCCUGCCCCUGAUGGGGGUUGGCCAUUCCUGGGCCUCCACAAGCCUCAGAGUCCUGCCAACGGAGCCUCCAGGGUGGGAGGGGGCAGGGGGCUCGGCUCACACCCCUAAUCCAGCCUUCUUCCUCCUGCCCCAUCACCCACCCACGCCAUGCAUGAUGGCUAAAGCAAUACUACCGCUGCCCCUACCCCUGCUUCUGCUGCCUGUUUGGGGGGGGGGGCGGUGAGGUGGGGGCAGCGGCUCCGCACCCCUCCUUCUUGCUGAUUUGCACACACUGACCGCUUCGGACAUGCACUAACGGGGGCCCAGCGCCUCCCUGCCCCCUCCCCGCCCAGUGGGGCUUGUGAUGGCUGGAACGGUUCGGGGCAGGGGGUUCCUGGACCCCCUCCCACUUCCCUCUGACCCCUGAUGCCAUUUCCCUUCCUGCUUCCUCCGGCUGGACCUGGGGUCUCCUCUCCCUGCAACGCACUCUCACCCCAGCCCAACCCACCCUCUCUCACCAGCCUUGGAUUGUGGCCACUUAGAAAGGGGCCCAUUCAGCCUCGUCUCUCUUUACACAAGUAGUUUUGUUCAUGAAAUAAAGAUUCUUGGACUUGA